GGUGCAACGGUUAAAGUGGCAUCACUCCGCCGCACGUUUUUUCACACUCAAUUCACAACAUCUCUGUUUUUUUUUUAUUUAAUCUUGUUUUUGGGUAAGAACAAAAGUCCUUGUCUUUCAUAACUUCUUCACCAAAUCGCAACCUGUGUGGCUGUUUGGAUUCCGAGAAAGGGUACGGUUUCGGGUAAAAAUUCCAGUUUGCUGUAGAGUUUUGCCCUCAAGUUUGAAAAAGACGAAUGGAAGGUGCGAUGUCAUUAAGCGCAAAACCUAGGGUUUCGUUUCAGACCGGUCCAUCCUUCAAUCCGAGACCCAAAUUCACUCCAUCUCGGAACUCAAUUUCAAUUCCAAGGACUUCAAUGGCCGGACAUAGACCCUGUAUUCGAGCUCAACAGUCUGAUGCAACGCUGUCCUCGGUUAGUGAUUCUGAACCAAAUGCACUCAAAAUCAAGGAGUGGGAAGUGGGGAAGUUUCAGGAUGAAAUAGCUGCUAGCCAGGGCAUCAGAAUCAGGAGACGUCCACCAACUGGACCUCCAUUGCAUUAUGUUGGUCCUUUUGAGUUCCGUUUACAGAAUGAGGGCAACACUCCUCGUAACAUACUGGAGGAAAUAGUAUGGAAUAAGGAUAAGGAACUCUCACAGAUUAAAGAGAGAAAACCUCUUUAUUCGCUGAAGAAAGGUCUUGAGACUGCUCCUCCUACUAGAGAUUUUAUUGGAGCUCUUAGGGCAGCAAACAUAAGAACUGGAUUGCCUGGAUUAAUUGCUGAAGUGAAAAAGGCUUCUCCAAGUAGAGGAGUGCUAAGAGAAGACUUUGAUCCUGUUGAAAUUGCCCAAGCUUAUGAGAAAGGUGGAGCUGCAUGCCUCAGUGUUUUGACAGAUGAAAAGUAUUUCCAGGGGAGCUUUGAAAAUCUGGAGGCCAUACGGAAUGCUGGAGUAAAGUGUCCACUGUUAUGUAAAGAGUUCAUCGUAGAUGCAUGGCAGAUCUACUAUGCUCGAACUAAAGGUGCUGAUGCAAUUCUGCUAAUUGCUGGUGUUUUACCAGAUCUUGACAUCAAAUAUAUGACCAAGAUUUGUAAGAUUCUUGGGUUGACAGCACUUGUUGAGGUACACGAUGAGAGAGAAAUGGACCGUGUUCUUGGAAUAGAAGAGGUUGAACUUAUUGGGAUCAACAAUCGCAACCUUGAAACAUUUGAGGUUGAUAUUAGUAACACAAGGAAGCUUCUUGAAGGAGAGCGCGGGCAAAUAAUCCGUGAAAGGGAUAUAAUGGUGGUUGGGGAGUCGGGACUCUUUACUCCUGCUGAUAUUGCUUACGUACAAGAAUCCGGUGUUAGAGCGGUAUUGGUUGGAGAGUCGAUUGUGAAACAGAGCAAUCCUACCAAGGGAAUAGCUGAGCUUUUUGGGAAAGAUAUUUCUUCAUAAGCAGCUCCAUUUUGGGAUUUUCUAUAGCCCCCUUCAUCUUGAGUGGCUAGCAAGUUGACCUAGACAGGUCCUUCUGCAGUUUUGUAUCGUUCUCGUAGCCCCUUUGGGUUUUACUUAUUUUAUAGUCGUGUGUCUAAAGUACUUGUCAAACAAAAGAAAUAAAAAAAAUGUUCUAUGCCUAAAGUGUGCGGCAAUGAAUUAUUAUUGUAUCUGAAAAAAAAUGCUUAUGUAUUCAAAUAAUCGAUAAAAGUCGUUUUUUGGUA